UAAAAAUAUUUAUUGGAGAGUUUAUGUCAUAUUUAAAGUUAAUUUGUUUCACAAAAAUGUCGCUUUUCAAAAGAAUAACAAAUUUACGAUACUAUUCAAAUGCUUCCAAAAUCACUUCAAAUGAGGUUAAUUUUGAAAACGUAUUUUCCUUUCCUUUUGUGAGAUACUUUGCAUUAUUUAAUAAGCUUAAAGUUCUUCAUUUUUACGGUUCAUGUGCCGCUAUACCAACUUGUGGCUUAAUGGAAAUAGCAAGUGUCUUUCCAGCAAAUACAUUCUUAAGUGCCUCCUAUAUAGGUGUUACAGGUGGAGUAGUUUUGUCGCUCUUUAGCGCCCCAUUUCGAAAUAUAAUAGGUCACAUCUAUAUAAGCGAAGAUAAUAAGUUUAUAAAAAUAUCAUCAGUGGAUUUUUUUGGGAAAAGAGUAGAUGAAAUAAUUCCUACAGAUGACUGGAUUCCUAUUAUGGAUCUAAAACCAAGGAAGUUAGAUCCAAUUUACCUAUCACCAACACUUAGCAAUGGAAAAAGAUACAAAUGGUUUUAUAAAUUUGGCAUUGUUCGAAAUCAUGCAAAAAUUGGUGAAAUAUUAGAAUAAUAUUAUUAUAAAUUAGAUAUUUAUUUUUGUUGUGGUAGAAAUAAAAAAGGAUAUAUUUUUUGUAGUCUUUCUAUUCCUUAAACAUUAAAAACCAAAUGACAUGAACCUGCUAUGGUCAUUGAACUUAAACAUUGUGUUUUAACAGUGUAGUUAUUG